AUGUCUUACUUUGAAUUUGAAGUACACCGUAAUACGAAGAACAUGACUUUUCUCCCGAGAAAUACGGCGCAUGACGAGAGUCGUCAGCACAGAAAGGCGAACUGCAUUUAG